GUGUAGAUUGCAUUCCACAUCUAAAGAUACAUGUAUGUGUAUCUAUAUACGUAGGUCAUCUAAAGCAGACUGAUCUGCAAGUAUUACAAGAUAGAUCUACAAGAUGAGAUGCACACUUUCUAUAAUUUCAAGUAUUCUGUUGGUGCUCCAGCAGCUAGUGUCUGGACAGCAGUGUGGUACAGUCGGUCGUGUGAGCACUACAAGGACUGGUGAUAAUAGGGUAGAAAAUGAGUUCUACAUUAAUCGUGGUAAUCGUGCUGGAUGUGCUGGGAUGAUCACCUCACUCUCUUACUGUUUCCAUCGACCACCAGGAAAUGUUCCAGUCGCUAACGAGUACCUGACUACAGUUGCUGUGUACAGACCAGCGAGUACCGAUACAGAUGAGAAUGUAUUUAUGAAUGUUUCUUCACCGAUCACAAUACAAAAGUCGGCAACAGAAGUUCAAACUGAAUUAACUGGCGAUACUGAUGACUUUGUAUGCUCUGACCUUACUUUGGAUCAACCAGUCGCUGUGUUGGCUGGUGAUGUUCUUGGAGCAUGUGUUUUCAACCCACCUGACAGAAUUGGUGUCACCACUUAUCGUCUUGAUAUAGUUAGCAGAGGAAACAAUGAAGACCUGGUGAGAACCAGUACAGACCCUGGCAUACCUACUGGUUGUGGUGCUAAUGUGGUACCAAGCUCUUUUGUUGAAGGUACAUCUGGUACAGGCCGUACUAGUACUAGCAGGUCUCUUCACCUCUGGGCAAACAUAGAAGAGCUUGUAACUGAAGCACCUACAACAGGAGCUACUACUAUGGAAGCAACUACUGUAACCAUGGAAUCAAUUACAAUAGAAGUAACUACACCUUCCACAACUACACCUGAACCAACUGCGGACACCACCUCUCCCAAAAUCGUCACAGCUGACAUGACCACAGCAAGUGGUCCACUGAUUACUAAUGGGGACUCUACUACUUCCACCACAAACCGAGGGACAACGAGCAACCCUGAUGCCACCACUCCACAACCCAUUGGUGGUGGGGGAGGUGGUUCUAACGUAGCAACUAUUGCCAUUGCUGUGGUAGUUGUGCUCAUUAUUGUGGUCAGCCUAGCUGCCGUCACAGUGAUAGUCAUCAUUCUUGUGUCAAAGAGGCUGAAAAAGGUCAAGAAAUCAUACGCAAUGACCACCAACUCAGUAGACAACCAGUUGUACUCGGCAGUGGCUAAUGCUGAAAGCUUAGAAAGAGCUAAACGGGAACAGCCACUGCCACAGCAGCAAGGCAGUCAGUGGCCCACACAGUCCCAGGAGCAUGUGUAUGAGUUUGAGGGGGCGUUCAGUCCUACCCGGUCAAUGGAGUCCACAUAUGCUGAAGUUGGGCCCUUUGGUGCAGUGAAUGAUGGUGAGAUUGUGUAUGAGUCUCCACUGGAUGCCCCGGCUAUCAGCUACAAUAAACUGUUGGAAAAGAACAAGGAAGAGGACAUUUAUGUCGGAGAAAAUCCGUACGAAACACCAGCAUCUAGAGAGAACGAUAUCUAUGCUCAGUUGCAGACCUGGAGGGUGACACACUUGAACAGAGAAGACAUUAAGAUUGCUGGUCACCUUGGGUCUGGUCAGUUUGGCAGUGUGGAGCAAGGAGUGUGGAAGAGACAGGGAACUCAACCAGUGGACGUGGCACUCAAGAGUCUCACCAAAACAUCAGAGGAGGACAAAGUCAAGUUCCUCCAAGAAGCGGCGAUCAUGGCUCAGUUCAGACACCCUAACGUUAUCAUGCUCCAUGGAGUAGUCACCAGUGGAAACCCAAUAAUGAUUGUGGUGGAAAUGGCAAAGAAAGGUGACUUGCGACAAUUUCUCCUAUCUCUUCGACCCGACCCGGGACAGUUAAUGCCUAGCAACACUUUGUCAAUGUUACUGAAGUUCUCUCAACAAGUGGCUCUUGGGAUGCAGUACCUCUCAGCUAAAGGAUUUGUGCACAGAGACCUGGCUGCUAGAAAUGUGCUAUUGACAACAAAUAGCACAUGCAAGGUUGCUGACUUUGGCUUGUCCCGAGAUCUCAAUGAUGAGAACUACUAUGUCUCACAAGCAAGAGGCAUGAUUCCCGUCAAGUGGACAGCCCCGGAGGCCCUUCACUACAAAAAGUAUUCGACUGCCAGUGAUGUGUGGGCCUACGGGUGUCUGCUCUUUGAAAUAUGGAGCAUUGGGCACAAGCCGUUUGAGGGAAUGUCUAAUCAAGAGUCCAUUCGACUCAUUGAUUCUGGCAAGCGUCUCUCUCCACCUCCUGGCUGCCCUAAGAUGAUCUUCGAGCUCAUGAUACUAUGCUGGCAUCCUGAGAGCUCUCAACGUCUUGUGUUCCGUGAUGUCGUGCUCACUCUUGUUGGAAGCGAAAAGAUGGUCCUGAGCAUUCCCGAGGAAGACUCCUCCACUAACCCACUGGCUGGAGUAUUGGGAGCUCCACUGGAGGCCGGGAAGAACAUGUACUCUCAGCUGCAGAACAGAUACAUUGAUUAUUUCCAUGGAGCUGCAACUGCAUCUGAAACUGAUGGAGAUUAUUUCGAUAUUGAUUGAGACUGAUUGAAACAGUGUUCUAAUAGUAAAUGUUUUUUUUUAUUGUUAUUUUGCUGAUAUACCCCCCCCCAUGUACCUAGGUCUACCUAUCACGGUAAAAAUUCUUUAUUUUUGUGGGCAAGCUGACUUUAACG